CUGCAUAACCAAUGAAGGCCGGUGCGUUACGAUCGGUGCGUUACAGCCGAGCAGUCGGAUCGGAGGGUGAUUUCGAAAGUGCCGACAGUCGGAAGUGGUGGCCGCUCCUGGGAGGACGUUCACUUAUAACACAACUCUGUGUGAUUGUUCUGCAAGGCCGCCAGUGUUCUUGAAAAAUAAUCUAGAAUUUAGUUUGAGAAACCCGAAUCUGGACAAAUAAUUUGUAUAAUAGGUGAAGUAGUGUUCUGAAAAGUGAAAAAUAGAGUGGUGAAAAUGAUGAGUUGAUAACCGAUGAGCCAAUGGAUAAUUUACAGCCACGAAACACAAUUUCUUCUUUUAAGAAUCUAUAAAACGACAAACUGUAACCUAUAUGAACACGAAGAAAUUGCUUGAACAUUGCGUUCUUUCGUGACUGUUCGUUUCAGUUCUUCAAUAGUUUCGUACAUACAUACGCAUCAUACUGCAAUACCACAAUGGAGCCCUUUCUGGUAUUGUAUGUCCCUUAUGCAACAGAGAGCACUCCUGCCAUGCAGAUUUCAUCUCUUGAGUGCACCACGGUUGCGAUUGGAGAACGAGAUAUCCAACACACACCUCACACACGCCGUAUACCACUUUGGAAACAGACAACUUUUGAUAGAAAUAAUGAAAUAGAUUCCGUUUUAAUGGACGACCUACUAGCAUUUGGUCCGUCCGACAUGCGGGUCUGCGAUAUUCUUUCGGAUGCGAAAAUCAAUGUAAAUUGUAAAUCAUUGCCGAAUGAAACAUACUCUGUGUACGAUUGUCAUUUGAAACCUUCAAAAUUCGCACCUAUUAGCAAACACAAUACUAUAGAGGAGUCAUUCUCGAGCAUUGACGAGGGAUUUGGACAAAGCAACAGUGAAGAUUCUGCGGACGAUCAAACAACCGUCCAAAUUCCGCUCAUAACAUCGUCGCCUAAAAUAUCGAUAAUUCCGAAGAAAGGGCAGAGCAAGAGCAGAAGUUACGAUUGUGAAAUUUGUCAUCAACGAUUUCCACUGAAAAAAUCUCUCCGAAAUCAUCAAGCUAACGAGCACCCAGGCGAAAACUGUAAUAAGUGUACAAUUUGCUUGAAAACCUUCAAGUUGCGGUCUAAUUUACGGCAACAUUUGCGCAUUCAUACCGGUGAGCGACCGUUUCAGUGUGAAGUUUGUAACAAAACGUUUGUCCAGGGAAGCGCUCUUACAGUGCAUCGCGAAUUACACAAAGACCAACGAGAUUACGAAUGUAAGACGUGUCAGAAGGCAUUCAAAUCCAAGUUUGCUUUUAAGAAACACGAAAAAGUUCACACCGGUCAGCGACCUUUCAAAUGUGAGGUAUGCGGAAAAACCUUUACCCAAUCUUGCAAUCUAAAGGCUCACCAAAAAUUACAUAGUGGAAAGCACGCCUAUGAGUGUGUUGUUUGCUCUAAGACCUUCCGCUUCAAUUCACACUAUCAAGACCAUAAGAUGACGCACACAAAGGAUAAGAAAUAUUGCUGCAAUGAUUGCGGGCGAACAUUCGCAUAUAAAAACUCUUAUCAACGUCAUAUUUUAAUCCACCGAGAUGCGAUUCAAUACCAUUGUUCUGUCUGUGGUAAGCUUUUCGGUAAACUAAGUCAUCUAAAUUUCCACAUUAAAUCACAUGGUUCUAACCACAUGGAUUCUAUGGCCAUUGGAAACAGCAGCCUAUCUCGCCUAUCUUGUAAUAUUUCUGAAAUCGGCAUUGAUACAAACCAAAACCCCCGAGAUGACCUGAGAGAAGUAAAUGGUGUAAACGAACGUGAGCAUUACCGCUAUAAGUGCGUUAUCUGCACUCAGUCCUUUGAGGAGGAGAAAGAGCUACAAACCCAUUUCAAAUUACACGAGGCUGAUGACUGUCCCUUUCAGUGCGGCAUGUGUGGGAUUCUUAAUCUAAAUCAUUUCGAAGAAGUUUCCCCACCCGAAUUGUGACAAAAGGGAAACUACGGUACCGUUUGAUAAUGGCUUGUUCUGUGAUAUCCGAGUGCGUAUGAAAUAAACAUCUAUUUGUCUCGGUUACUUAAACGGUCCGCAAAGAUAAAAAGAGAUAAGAAUAAUAUUUUAAUUACUGUUCUGAACGAGUA